GAAAACGCGUGUUUUCAGCGGACCUGGCAACCACCGUACCGGUCUCACUGCACGACGCAUACUCAAAACCCAUGGCGGACGAAGUUGAGCAGCAACCAACUACCAACACGGUUGAGGAGCCUCUCGACCUGAUCAGACUCAGUCUAGAUGAGAGGAUCUAUGUCAAGAUGAGGAACGACAGGGAGCUCCGCGGGCGACUGCAUGCCUACGAUCAGCACCUGAACAUGAUCCUGGGCGACGUGGAGGAGACCGUGACGACGGUGGAGAUUGAUGAGGAGACUUAUGAAGAACUCUACAAGUCAACAAAGAGGAACAUCCCCAUGCUGUUUGUCAGAGGAGAUGGCGUUGUCCUCGUGGCUCCGCCUCUCAGGGUGGGCUAACCCUCACCACUCCCUGGUUGUGAAGGAGCAUUUGUGACAACUGGGAAGUUUGUGACUCUGAGGGAGAGGGUGGUGCUGUCAUGAAAGGCUAAAACUGGGGUUGGGUUCAAACAUCUUAUGCCCCGUUAUGUCAGAUUUUGUCAGGACCGUCCUCUUACUUUACAUUCAUGACUUGAAAGUGAGAUACAGAAAUUCACACAAACGUUUUUUUGUGGGGCUGCAAGGAUAAUAAAACAUAUUUUGUGUCAAGGAGAACAAGUAAGAGGACUUUUGUUUUGGACAAAGAGGGCCUAUCUUAGAGGGGGGCAAAUUGUUAUGACAUUGAUUUAGUAAAGCAUUUCUGAUGGUUUUUAAUUUGAUUUUGCUUAGUGCAGCAGUUAAUAAAUCCCCACCGUUUGUGAAACCAGGAAAAUGUAACAUUGUUUUUAAUCACCUCUACCUCCUCAUAUUCCCUCUCUACCUUAACCCUCUCUGCAAGUACCAGGCCAAGUUACGAAUGUCUCAUCGUGGUUUUAAGUAGCUGAACUGCAUCAGAUGUAUGUAUGUAAACUUGUUUUGCUCUGAUUUGUUGAGUUUAAAAAGUAUUACCGGACAACCAACUGAGCAGCAGUUUUAUGGGAUUUUUGAUUUUGAAACGUCUUGACUCAAACUUAUGUUGGUUCCAAGAAAAGGUCUUGCAGUUCUACUAACCCAUGAUCUGUGAAUAUUAUGGGAAGUUUGAAUUUCUUUGGGACGGUUUUAGUUUAAGUUUUUUUUAUAUAUAUUUUUGUAGUGUUUGUGGGACUUGGAAGUACAUCAUGUCAGAUGUGUCCGAUGUGUAAACAUUUGUUCAUUUGGUUUUGGUAACUUGAAUAAAAAAAGGUAAUUUGAAAA